AUGGCAGACAACACUACACAUCACUACAUUUCAUCUUUCUUCCUAGUAGGUAUUCCUGGUUUGGAAGAGUAUCACUUCUGGAUAGGCAUUCCUGUCUGCCUCCUGUUUGUCCUAGCCCUGCUGGGGAACACUGUAAUCACUGUUACCAUCAGACUAGAGCCAAGCCUCCACCAACCUAUGUACUUUUUCCUUUCCAUGCUAGCCAUCAAUGACAUGGCUCUAGUCUCUUCCACAGCCCCCAGGAUGCUUGGCAUCUUCUGGUGUCAGGCUCACAGGUUGGACUUUGAUCUCUGCUUAGCACAAAUGUAUUUUAUCCACACAGUCUGCAUAAUUGAAUCAGCUCUUCUGGUGGCCAUGGCCUUUGACCGCUAUGCAGCGAUCUGCAUCCCAUUGCGCUAUGCGACCAUCUUGACUACUCCAGUAGUCAUUAAAAUGGGUCUGGUUGGAGUAGCCCGAGCUGUUCUUAUGGUUUUGCCUUGCCCUUUUCUCAUUAAAAGGUUGCCAUAUUACACUAAAUAUAUCAUCAAUCAUACCUACUGUGAGCACAUGGCUGUGGUGAAGUUGGCUAGUGCCAACACAUUCAUUAACAGAGUUUAUGGGAUCUCUGUGGCCCUGUCAGUGAUGGUACUGGAUCUAGUGCUCAUAGCUGUAUCCUAUAUUAAAAUUCUCCAGGCAGUCUUCCGACUCUCAUCCCAGAAUGCUCGCUCUAAAGCUCUGGGUACCUGUGCCGCUCAUGUCUGCACUAUCCUUGUCUCCUACACACCUGCACUCUUUAGUUUUCUAACUCACCGCUUUGGCAAGAAGGUACCUCCAAGUGUCCAUAUAAUUUUUGCAAAUCUGUACCUCCUGGUGCCUCCUACAGUCAAUCCCCUGGUGUAUGGAGUUAAGACCAAGCAGAUUCGUGACAGGGUUAUUGGCCUCUUUUUUCCUAAUAAAAAAAAAACUUCUGAAAACUAA